GCGAAUUACCUCAAAUUAUAAAAUAUAAUUAACGAGUAAUGUUUAAAAGUAAAUAAGAUGCUAGAAAAUAAAGAUACAGUACAAAAUCAAAAAAUACUAUAUGUGCCUACUAAGUUGAAUAAUUUUAUUUUUGACUUAGAAAUUCUUGAGCGCAACUUUAUCUUGCAAAUUAUAAAAAUGAAGGACUCUGUACUUAUUUAUUUAAAUGAUAAGGAUGAUAUACAAUUUAACGAUUUUUCUUUGGCUCUAACUGAUCGUUAUAAAAGGGACAACCCGAUUAGUACGCAACUUUUGGGCGAUUUUAAUGAAGAAACUUCUAAAAUUAUAGCUGGGAAAUUGUCGAAAAAAUUAGGGAAAGUCGUGUUUUUAAGUUUUAAUUUGAAACAGGAUCGUCGAUUAAACCCACUCCUGGAAAAGAAAAUAUGCGAGGAAUUUGAUAAAAUUUCACAUUUGCUUUGAUCUGUUAUUUUAUUUAUCUGAUAAUAAAAUUUUUAUUACGAAA